AUGGGCACUUUGCGGGAUUUACAGUACGCGCUGCAGGAGAAGAUCGAGGAGCUGCGGCAGCGGGAUGCGCUGAUCGACGAGCUGGAGCUGGAGUUGGACCAGAAGGACGAACUGAUCCAGAAGCUGCAGAACGAGCUGGACAAGUACCGCUCGGUGAUCCGGCCCGCCACGCAGCAGGCGCAGCAGCAGAGCGCCGGCACCUUGCAGGGCGAGCAGCGGACCAAGCGGCAGGCGAUCUCGGCCGAGCCUACCGCCUUUGACAUCCAGGACCUCAGCCACGUCACCCUCCCCUUCUACCCCAAGAGCCCACAGUCCAAGGAGCUAAUAAAGGAAGCAAUCCUUGACAAUGACUUCAUGAAGAAUCUGGAACUGUCUCAGAUCCAGGAGAUUGUGGAUUGUAUGUAUCCCGUGGAGUAUGGCAAAGACAGCUGCAUCAUCAAGGAAGGAGAUGUGGGCUCCCUGGUGUACGUCAUGGAAGAUGGGAAGGUUGAAGUGACAAAGGAAGGCGUGAAGCUGUGCACCAUGGGGCCUGGCAAGGUCUUUGGGGAGUUGGCCAUCCUCUACAACUGCACCCGAACUGCAACUGUCAAAACUCUCGUAAAUGUGAAACUUUGGGCUAUUGAUCGGCAAUGUUUUCAAACAAUAAUGAUGAGGACAGGCCUCAUCAAGCAUACUGAGUAUAUGGAAUUUUUAAAAAGUGUUCCCACAUUCCAGAGCCUUCCUGAGGAGAUCCUUAGUAAGCUUGCAGAUGUCCUUGAAGAGACACACUAUGAAAGUGGAGAGUAUAUUAUACGACAGGGUGCUCGAGGGGACACUUUCUUCAUCAUCAGCAAAGGAAAGGUGAACGUUACUCGUGAAGAUUCCCCCAGUGAAGAUCCGGUGUUUCUCCGUACUCUAGGGAAGGGAGAUUGGUUUGGAGAAAAAGCCCUUCAAGGGGAGGAUGUCAGAACAGCCAAUGUCAUCGCGGCUGAAGCAGUAACUUGUCUGGUCAUAGACAGAGACUCCUUCAAACAUCUGAUUGGUGGCCUAGAUGAUGUCUCAAAUAAAGCCUAUGAAGAUGCAGAAGCAAAAGCAAAAUACGAAGCCGAAGCCGCCUUCUUCGCCAACCUGAAACUGUCGGAUUUCAACAUCAUCGACACCCUUGGAGUCGGGGGCUUUGGACGAGUUGAGCUGGUCCAGCUGAAGAGUGAGGAGUCGAAAACGUUUGCCAUGAAGAUCCUGAAGAAACGGCACAUCGUGGACACAAGGCAGCAGGAGCACAUCCGCUCCGAGAAGCAGAUCAUGCAGAGCGCGCACUCGGACUUCAUCGUCAGGCUCUACAGGACGUUCAAGGACAGCAAGUACCUGUACAUGCUGAUGGAAGCCUGUCUAGGUGGAGAGCUCUGGACAAUUCUCAGGGACAGAGGUUCAUUUGAGGAUUCGACGACCAGGUUCUACACGGCAUGCGUGGUGGAAGCUUUUGCCUAUUUGCAUUCCAAGGGGAUCAUUUAUAGGGAUCUCAAGCCAGAAAACCUCAUUCUGGAUCAUCGAGGUUAUGCCAAACUGGUCGAUUUUGGCUUUGCAAAGAAAAUAGGAUUUGGAAAGAAAACAUGGACUUUCUGUGGGACCCCGGAGUACGUAGCCCCCGAGAUCAUCCUGAACAAAGGUCACGACAUCUCAGCUGACUACUGGUCACUGGGAAUCUUGAUGUAUGAACUCCUGACUGGCAGUCCCCCUUUCUCAGGCCCAGACCCCAUGAAGACCUAUAACAUCAUACUAAGGGGAAUAGACAUGAUUGAAUUUCCAAAGAAGAUUGCCAAAAAUGCUGCUAAUUUAAUUAAAAAACUAUGCAGGGACAAUCCAUCAGAAAGAUUAGGGAACUUGAAAAAUGGGGUGAAAGAUAUCCAAAAGCACAAAUGGUUCGAAGGCUUUAACUGGGAAGGGUUACGAAAAGGGACACUGACACCUCCUAUAAUCCCAAGUGUUGCAUCUCCAACAGACACAAGCAAUUUUGACAGCUUCCCAGAGGACAGUGAUGAACCACCCCCUGACGACAACUCAGGAUGGGACAUAGAUUUUUAAGGUCUUUCUCUUACCUGCUUCUGCCUUGCUGAAGACAGCUCUCCUGGGACUUGGCUGCCAGCGAAACCGAAAGAACUGGGGAGGAUUAGUGCUCGGGGUCACCAUGAUGCCUUGAUUGAUGCUGCUACAGUAACUACAGUGGCAUUAGGACUUCUUGCUUAGAUGACAAUAGUACUCUUCAUGUUUUCUGUUUGAACUUGAAAUAGCAGUUUGACAUGGUGGUCCUGACACAAAGCCUUUCACCAGUAAAGAAACGUGGUUUCUGUCACCACCACGAUCUUGCUACGCUCUUAAUUAUUCAAGUCAAGAGGUAACGCAGUGUAAGAUGCACUUAACUCUAGCUGCAAGGUACUGGCUUUCUCAGUAGGAUCACUAGUAAUUUAUUAAGUGCUGUAGCUAAAUACAGGGCAGGAUUUGGGCUACUCCCACCCUCCAGACUCCGUGGAUCUUCUCCUGUAGGCCAGCGUAGGAGCAAAGGAGGACCACAACGGUACUGGUCAAAGAGUUCACGUCCAAGCAGUGGUAAAAUUUGUCCUUUUUUUCUUUCUGAGCAGUAUUCUUGACAAGACUGAAUGUUACCUUUCCUCUUUCUUUUUGAGAAGCUGGUAGGUUUUGUUAUUUUUUAGCCUGGUAAAACAAAAGCACAACUGCUCUAGAUCCUGUUAAGGCAGAUAUGGGUCACUUCCCUCAUACAGCUGAGAACAUCCUGUAACACAACGUUUGGGCUUGUUGUUUUGGUUUGUUUUUUUUUUCUUUCCCUUGGUACAAAUACAUAACUGCAUGGAAAAAAAAAAAUCAUCAAAUUAAUCAAUUUUACAUAUAAAAUAGUGCUUAAAUAAUGGUUCUGUAAUAAAGCGACAGCAGCCCACUGGUCUUACUGAUUAGCUACUAGGCAUAAAACUAAGCUUAACCCUUAUCUUUUUAGAACCCAAAGGGAAAAUACAAGACCCAUAACGUACUUUAGAGGUGCUAUGUACAUCCCUCCUCUGUGAACAGCAACAGAGUCAACCACCAUUUCAGAAAUAUGUAGCAAGAGGCAUCGUUCUCCAUCACGCUCUCGGGUGAUUUUACGUCUCCGCGUCUGCAUCUGUUCCAUCUUCAGUACAAAGCUGGUUGAAAUGCAAGGUGGCACGGGGCCAGUUUGCUGGCUCUGCUGGUAACGUUGCCCAUAACAAGGUAAUCCUAAGGAGCUCCACGGGAGACUCAGUGGAAUUGAAUGGAAAACUGAGACUGUGUGUGUUUGAUCUCCAGUGUAUCAGGUCCCCGGUGACUGUGUUCAAGGCACGGGAGUGGCUAGAGCCGAGGCAGCCCAGGUGAAGAAAACAAACUGGGAAGAAUAAUAUUAUCAUGUGGACCCUUUUCCCUCCCACUAUUUUUCCUUUUCUUUAGUGCAGUCUCUGUGGAUUUGUAGGAUGUAACAGAGGAAUCCCCUCCUGCCAUCUCAGAGCUGCCAAGAGCUGUUGGAUACACUGCAAGUCAAAAGAGCAACUUUUGCCUACAUAGUGGGAGGGAAACGUGUGUUUUAACAAAUAAAAAUUUCCCCAGUGCUGGGUCCCAACUCUUUCCCAUGUUCCAAACAAAAGUGACUGAAAGGAGGGUGUUAAAAAGACAUUUUCUCCCCUGCAGUGCUGCCAACAUCUGCUGUUUGCCAGCCAACUAAAAAGCCUGGUCAUCGCCACCCUGUCAAACCCAGUCUGUGUUGCUGAAUUUCCUUCCUGAUUUUCCAAAGGGUGAGGCAGCAGAGCAAUUUCAGGUUAUUUCCACUAUUCAUUAAUGAUUACAACCUUGUUUGCCUUGACAGCCAUAGGGAAGAGGCAGUAACUAGGUCUCCUGGGAAUUACUCACAUAGGGAAAAUACAGGCUGGCUUCUAAGCCUUGCUCUGAGGGAUGGAGGAUGCCCAUGCUGGGCACCAGGGCUAAAAUAAUCACCCGGCAUCUUAGUAAACAGGCUCCUGCCUGAAAGCCCAGUUCCUUCCUCCUGUCCCUCUUGUUUUUCACUCGAUGGAUGCGCUGAUAUUGGAAGAGCAACCUCAUUGAUUUUGGCACAUUUCCGUAGAAGACUGUAGAGAGGACUCUGUCCCGCAGCGAUGAUACUGGGUAGCUGAGAUGCAGUUGGCAGUCAAGGGCUUGCCAGGAGGAAAGAGCACCACCACGAUUUUGGGGUUGAGGGGCAACCUGGAAACAUGACAGGGAGGUUUUCAAACGGGCUGAUGAGUUCUUUUCCUUUCUUCCUACCCCUUCUUCCUUGUGCCACGCGCGGCGGUCCCUGCGGCACGGCGUGCGCUGCGCUCGGUGGAAGUCAGCUUUGAUACCCACCACCUCCCCCACCUUCCAUCACCUCUCCCAAGCAUACUUCGAACAACAUACUUAGCCUAUGUAUAUGAUACACACCUUCAUUUAUAAGUAAUAUAUUUGCGUUGCAUUCUAGAUAGCUAUGUAUUCCCACCAACGGAUUGCCUCUGUGUUCCCACUUACUUCGUCGUCUCCUUUUUUUAGCGUGUGGGACGAGGGUGUAUUUGUGUAAGGGGAAAUCAGCUCCUGUCUUGAAAACCAGUGGCUUAAGGUUGGUGUCUUCAAGACACAGACGAUCCGUAGCUUCUCACAGUGCUGCAUUUAUAUCCAGAGCAAACUUAUUUAACAACAGGACCACAAUAUUGAUGUAAAUAGGUAUUUUCGUGUUGAUAUUUUGUGGUACACCUAGAACUUCCUUUUUCUUUUAGAGUUCCAUGGCAUUAUUACUUCCUUUUCUUUUUUGUAAUGUAAUGUUUUUAGCUCAAGGUAGACUUGAAUUAAUGUCAUGAUUGUCAGUAUUAUUAAACUUUAUGUCAACUGUACUGUUAACUCAUCUGUCCCAUAGUUUAGCACAUGACUAGCUACCCGGCAUUGUUGCAAGUGCCUUAAAUCCAUGGCAUCCUAUUAAAAAAAAAAACAAACAACUUACAAAUUUGGUGUUAUGCUGCAUGACAAAGACAAACACACCUCAAAAUGUUGUCCUUUCUUAGCUUGCUGCGUUUUACAGUUCUUUCUGCUACCGAUUUCUAAGCCUUUAUUAUAUAAUAUUGAUGAAUUACAGAAAUGAUGACGUCGUUCUCUUAUUUCUGUUCAAUGUACCAGAGCUGUGUAUCUGUUAAUGAGAUACAGAGUCAUUUCUGUGAAAUGUAUACAUGUUAUGUGCGGGUCAAAUUAAUAUAUGACAUCCUAGCAGUCUGUAGACAGGUAUUCCUGUUUUGCUAAGCUGUGCAGAUUCAACCCAUCGUGCCGUCCAGCGCCAACCUCCCGUCUUUACACAAACCCCCCCAGUAGAAAUCUCCCACCUGGAACAAAAAGAAACCAACACAACAAAAAAGGACGAGCAAAACCCCCCGAGGCGAAGGUGUAGCUCGUUGGCACCACUCAACAAACCAGGAGUUGUGCUUUUUCCCACCCUGACUCCUUCAAUAUGCAACCCACCGCGGAGCCGAGCUGGGAGCUCCUCGUCCUCCGCGGGCCGCGUGAACCAGGCGUGAUGCUGGGACUUGAGGGAUUUCUUGGGGGAAGUUCUCCUUUGGAGCUGCCUGUGAUCCUCAGUCCCAACUUACUCUGGUUUUACACCGGCCUUUUGCUUUAUAUUCUUGUUUUCUCCACUUUGCUUGUCACAGAAGAAGAGGUUUUGUUUGUCGGACAAAUGUCGGUCACCCCCGGCCGUCGGCCAGUUGCACUCUUUUGAUGUAGACUUAAGAACUUUUUUUUUUCAUAAACUGAAACUGCUUUUGUUUUGCUCUGUAUUUUCCCUGCAGCUGUAAUUGCCGAGUGCCUGUUGUAUACUUUAUAGAGUUGAAAUAAAAAUAAUUACUUUUGAA